CACAAUUUAUAAAUAACAACUUAGAAGUCAGUAUGACAGAAUGUGUUCAAAUAAGGAAUGGGGUCUGCAAUACACAAACAGAAUGUAGAAAUGGACACGAUGAAAGAGGGGAAUCCCGGUAUAUGAUUCACCAAAAGGUACAUUAAAGCAAAAAGCGGCAAAUUCAAACAAGGAUACCAACGCACAUGUUCGAUGUAGCCGCAUGGAUCAAACAUGUCGGAUAAUCCAAGCGUGAAGCCAUCAGAACUAUCCAAGAGCGUUAGCGUUGAUGUUGACCAUCCAGACCACCCUACCAAACACCCAGGAACGUGUAACUCUUGCAAUAGGAGUUUAGCAACUGCAGUGGCAGUAUUAGGAGGCUUAUAUAUCUGUUUGACAAUCCCUAUGUUCGUUAUAUUAUUCCUACGUGUAAAUACUCUUCAAGAGGAGGUACAAAGACUAAAACCAAGUGUAUCAUACAUAUUGCAAGAGAGGCCCCUGGAUCCUGUAUCAACAACAACAAUGGAGUUCUUAGAAAACCAGAAUAUCAACCAAUCAACCGAACAGAGAAUCAAAGUAUUAUCCAAUCACGUUAUUGGAAAUGAUUCACUUCCAUCUCAUAUUCAAAAAAGGGAAUCUCCAACCUCUACUCCAACCAGUGGCAAAGAGGGUAAAACAAGGCACAAGAAGAAGAAAAACAGGAAAAGGGGAAAGGCAAAACGAUGUAAUGCAGUCGCCAACUGUUUGACAUCUCCUACUGUCUCAGGUGCUGUUUGCAAGAAGGUUGCCAGUUGUGCUCCUGCUUCUACAACUAUGGGUCCAUUUUCUACUACUUCUACAACUCCAACACCUACUGUAGCUUCGCCCAAGACGCCGUCGGCAAUGCAUCUCAUCGGAAAUACUGACAUCGACAACAUUGAAGUGGGCCACGGAACAUAUGGCGUCAUUAAGCAAUGGGAUACUGGUCUUAAAGGCUGGCCACAACCUGAUGAUUUGACCUACAGUGAGGGGACCAUUACUGUAAAGCAAAAGGGUCUUUAUAUGGUUUAUUUCCAGGUGACAGUAGAAAGCACAAAGUUAUACGACAGGGUAGCUUUGGUUUUGAACGAACCUGACGAGAAAGGGAAUCAAAAGCAAAGGGUACAUUUGGAAUGUGUGCUAGACUUAAGACAUUUGAACAUCCCAAGAUCAGAUAAAGAUCACGGACCAACACUUGGACCGGGACAUAGUUGUUUUUCAGCUGGGCUUAUACACAUUGAUACGCCAAACAGUGAAUUAUUCAUUAAAUUUUUAAAUGCAACUGGUAGGGCUAAGUUUAAUGAGUCGGAAAGCUUUUUUGGACUUUAUCAAAUACAUUA